ACUAGACAACAUUGCCAAGGAGGGCGCCAAAUAGGAAGUAGAUCAGAGAUGAUCUCAAAAUCAAGCCUCCAAACGAAAUUGGUAUUACUUUUACUUUUAAAGUGUGAAUGACUCGAACCCAUCGACGAAGCGCUCUCACGCUGAAAUGGAACGACAAAACCAACACGUUUGGCCGUCGACGAAUACUGAAAGUAAACAUGGAUCCAGACAGAGUGAACAUAUGGCCCCGUAUGGAGCCCUUCCUCUUGGGUGCCCUUCAGGUGGCACCCACCUCCAAGCUCAGCUUGCACUACCUCCGCAAGAUGGCCACCUAUGUGCGGAGCCGCGACGGCUGCUUCCCCUCCCUGGGCUGGCCCAUGUGGAGGCACAUCGCGUGCGGAAAGCUGCAGCUUCCAGAAGACCUGGCAUGGCUCUACUUUGAGACCUUUGACCUUUUCACCAGCAACUCGCCUGAAGAGCGGUUGGAGAGGGUCGAUUGUCUUUCACAGUGUUCUAACAAAAGUGAAAUGGAACAGCAGAGGAAUAAGAUGUCUGUGGACACGCUGCAGUUCCUCCUCUUCCUUCACAUUCAGCAGCUGAACCACGUGUCUCUGCGUAGCUCUCUGAUUGGUGAAGAGUGGCCCAGCCAUCGAACACGCUCCUUGCCUUCAUCAGACAGAGAGGCCAAGACAAGCUCCCAGAACAAGAACUGGGACGACCAGGCCCACUUGUCAUUCGUGCAGAGCCACCUCGCUGAGCUUCUGGAGCUGCUGGUGGAACCCGACCAGCUAUCAGAGUCUGGACUGGCCCUGCGUGACUGUCAGAUAUCCCUGGAGGCCUUGCACAGUCUGGGCCUGCUCCUGGAGGGCUCGGCUCACCCGGGCAGGUCUGUCCAGCCUGUCCACAGGCUGCUAAGCAAAGGUCCGCUACAGGUGCAAGCGGGCUACAGUGUACUGAACCACUCAUUCCCUUUGCACCAGCUGCUCUCCUGUCUUCAGCAGAACCUCACUCUCAAUCCUUUUGGUAUAAAGGCCUGCCUGCGCUCUGGGAAGAAACUAGCCUGGGCCCAACAAGUCGAGGGCGCCAUGAAGCGAGCCAAGAUAGCCCGAAACACUCACAUGGCUCCAGCUGGCAGUAAAAUGGUGCUCAUGUCUCAGGUCUACAAGCAGACCCUUGCCAAGACCUCCGACAAGCUGACGGGGGCCAACAUUAAGAUCCAUCGAUGCUCUGAUGCCUUCAUCUACCUCCUCUCUCCUCUCAGGUCAGUCAGUGUGGACAAAUGCAGAGACUGCACGGUUGUUCUGGGCCCCGUGGAGACCAGCGUCCACGUGCACUGCUGCCAGAACGUGCGCGUGGUGUGCGUGGCGGGCAGGAUCGCUGUUGGCGCAUCGUCACGCUGCACGGUCCAUGCCCUGACGCCCACCCGCCCUCUGCUACUGCCUGGGAAUGCCAACAUCACCUUGGGCCCCUACCACACCUUCUACCCCACCUUGGAGGACCACAUGGGCAUCGUGGGGCUGGCGGUGGUCCCCAACAUGUGGGACCAGCCGCUGCUGCUGGGGACCGAUGGCCUUGUCAAAGCUUUGGCCGCAAACCCCGAUCCGGCCUGCUACCGCCUGCUGCCACCGGAGGAGUUCCACAUGCUGGUGGUGCCUUUCCAGAUGAAGGGAGACACGUUUGAGGUGCCGGGGGAGUUGCCACCUCGCUACCAGGCAGCGCUCUACGAGAAGAAGAAGAGAAUACAAAGAUGGCAGAAGACUGUGAUGGAGGCCCGACUCAACAAGGAGCAGAAGUGCAAGUUCCAGGAGCUGGUGGAGGCCAAGUUCCAUGAGUGGCUCCUGGAGACGGGACAAAGGCAGGAACUGGACAGCCUAAUCCCGACCCCGGUGUCCCCCCUCCAGUUCUCUGACAGCGGCCCACGGGGAGACGAGCUGCCAGUUAAUGUUGAAGCGUACAUUACAAGUAAAGGGGCGGUGGGGCAGUCGCCGAUGGCUUGUUGAACUUUAAGGGGGCCCAAGAAAAACUUCAGGACACCUUACACCUCAGUUCUAUUUAUUUAAAUGAGGAGUAAUGAGUCAUUGACACGUUUUUAGGGAAUUAUUAUUCAGUCAACUUGAACUUGUUGUAAAGUACGGGUCAAUUAGGGUGAAGACUACAUGCUGUCUUCUGUAUGAAAAUAGAAUGAAGUACUGUCGAGGCUGCAUUAACUAUUAGAAAGAUGAUUUCUAGCACUCAGUAGAGCAUGAACCUCUGAAAUUAAUGUUUUUCCGCUCCUUGGUAGAGGUCAGCACUGCUCCCUGGUUUUUUAUGUUUUUUUUCCCCUCCCAUGAUGGGAAGGAAAGUUUGUGCAUUUUUCCUGUAAAAGUCACUGUAGUGGAAGAAGUCUAUUAUAUUUUUCAUGAAUCCCAGCCGCAUAAAAUACCGAUUGUUUUGCACUUUAUAUACCUCCGAAUGUAUGUUGUGGAGGCCGUUUUAGCUUCCUGUUAGCUGUUUGCUCAUGGUACAUGACAGAGACUUAAAACAAUGUUUAAAGGUUUUAUGUACUGGAGACAAUGACUGUAGAAAUGAAUGCAGCACAGCUGUCUUCUGUGCAGCUUUUAGCGCGAUUUGUAUUUGCUAAUAAAACGUAAAGAUGACUAAUAUUCACUAAAAAAUGACUCAUACACUUGGUUACAAUGGACACAUUUUUGUACAUUUUCAAAAAAGAAAACAAGUUAAAAGAAUAAAAACACUGCAUGGGUAUAUAGCAAUAUGAAUAUGCACUGCCUGGACAUUUUAUUAGGUACACGUAAUGAGAUCCAAUACAAGAGCAGUUUUUGAUAGCUAAGCAGUUUAUUCAGUGACACAUCUGUCACUAUGAUGCAGUGCACUUCUGCACCACUAAUAGUCUAUUGUUACCUCAUGUAUUGAAUGUACCUAAUGAAAUGUCCAGUGAGUCUUGUCAAGUGGCACUUGAAGUGUAUCCGCACCUUUUUAAAAGGGAAAAAAGAUGGCGCCCACAGCAAUGUCCUAGCAUAAAUAAGUCCUGACUUGGCAGGACCUCCCUCGCCAGGUGGGGGUUAUGCCGGUGGAGCUGGCAUGUGCGAUACGAGGGGGGAGAGGGCUGGGUUCGCUGGACGCAGCCAACAUAGACGUGGGGUCAUUGGACGCUUACCAUGGCCCGGCCAUUAUGCCGUAAUCCUUCCUCGCUUUUCUGGAAAAACUGAAUAGCGCUAGAAUCACUGACUCAAUUUUUGGAUCUCAUUUUCAUGACAAA